AUGCUGGCGGCGCACGAGCGGAGGCUACAGGCGCAGCUGGAUCGCCACGAGCGCGCCUCCGACCGCGCCGUGGACCGCAUCCAGGCGCGGCUGGACCGCCACGAGCGGGCCGCCGACCGGGCGGUGGCCGCGCUGGUCGAGCGUGUGGACCCCCUGCUCGGUGGCCGCGCCAGUGCCGCGUGGCUUGGAGCCGGCGGGCGCGAGCUGGCCGACCCCGACGGCCCGGCAGACGACGCGGCCGACUCCUGGGGGGAGCCGGACACCCCGCGCUCGGGGCGCUCGGGGAGCCCCGGCGCCGGGCCCCAUCCUGCAGACCGCGGGGCUCCUCCUGUGGCGAGGCUGCCACCCUCGGGCCGGCUGCCGCCCUCCACCAGCCACCUGUCCUCCACCAUGAGCCAGCUCUACGACCCCGACGAGGAGCCGGGUGCCACCCCUUGCGCGCCGGGCAUGCGGGGGAAGUCGAUGAGCCACCUCUACGACAUGGACGACGACGACGACUCCAACGAGGAGACGCCGACCCGCAAGCGGCAUUCGGAGGCGAGCGCCCAGAGCGGGUGCUCGGGCCACAACGGGCGCCUGUCCGUAGGCUCCAUCCUCUCCAGCGCCCGGCGCGCGUCGCUGAGCAGCUUCGCCAGCGGCUGGGGCAGCUGGGCCGAGGGGGGGUCGGCCCCGCAGGCGGCGCCCGCGCGCGGGCGCGGGAGCUGCUUCUGGCGGAGCGCGGCGGGCCGCUGCCUGCUGGCGGUGGUGGGCUCGCAGUCCUUCGACAUGUUCUGUGGCGGCCUCAUCCUGGCGAACGCCGUGCUGAUCGGGGUCGAGACGGAGCACAUGACCAACGAGCCGGACACCACCGAGGGCAUGUUCAUGGCCCAGUUCCUCCUGAACUUGUGGUACAUCGUGGAGCUGCUGCUGCGGGUGUUCACGGGCGGCGUCAAGUUCUUCUACGCCACGGACUGGCGCUGGAACAUGUUCGACACCGUGCUCGUGGCCACCUCCUUGAUCGACAUGUUCGCCGAGAGCAUGAACGUGGGAGGCCUCCUCGUGGGCCGCAUGCUGCGCGUGGUCCGCCUCCUCCGCGUCGUGCGCACGCUGCGCAUCGUCCGGCUGCUGCGGUAUCUGCGCGUCUUCCGCAAGAUGGUCUUCUCGGUGGCGGGGUCCAUGCAGACGCUGUUCUGGUCCCUGCUCCUGCUGUUCUUCUUGGUCUACUCCUUCGCCAUCUGGUUCACCCAGGGCGUGGCCGACUACCUCCACUCGGUGGAGGGCCAGCACGGCCGCGAGGAGCAGGAGGACUCCCUUCGGGAGCACUACGGCUCCCUGGGCCGGUCCAUCUACACGCUGUUCCAGAGCAUCUCCACGGGCGCCAGCUGGGGCGUGUUCGUCGAGCCGCUCUUCGCCGUGGACCCGUUCUUG